GUGGUCAUGGCAGCAGGAGACUUGCCUCCUUCGAUCACUUUAAUCAUCAAUAAUAUUCAUGAUUUCUCAGUAAGAAGGAAUUUUAAGUCCUAGCUGAGCAGCGGGUGUUCAGUAAGCGCCAGCGUCUCUGUUCCUGCAAUGGCCGGCGAGAUCGAAGAGUUUUAUGACGAGGGAUGCGUGGUGUAUGAGGCUGUGUGGGGCGAGCAUAUGCACUCGGGCUACUUUGAGGCGGGCAAGCCUGGGGACUUUCGAGUGGCACAAGUCCGAAUGAUCGAGGAGGUCCUCUCUUGGGCCGGAGUACCAAAUGAUGAGCAAAGCCGUCCUCGAGACAUACUGGACGUGGGCUGCGGUUUUGGGGGAACUUCUCGAUAUCUGUUCAAGAAGUACUCGGCAAAUGUGAAAGGAAUAGCACUGAGCGAUUACGAGAUCGCCAGAGCCAAAGCCAUCGCGAGGGAGGAAGGAGUUUCAGACAAGGUGACAUUCCAAGUAGCAAAUGCACUGAAUCAACCGUUCGAAGACGGCCAGUUUGAUCUCGUCUGGUGCAUGGAAUGCGCAGUGCACAUUGAGGACAAACUCAAGCUUAUGCAAGAGAUGGCACGCGUGACCAAGCCCGGAGGUCGGGUGGUGCUUGUGAGCUGGUGCCACAGAGAACUGAAGCCUGGAGAAACUUCACUCAAGAAGCAUGAGCAAGCGCUCUUGGAUAAGAUCUGUGCUGCUUACUUCUUUCCACCCUGGUGCGCCACUUCUGAGUACGAAACAUUAGCACGCAAUGCGGGCUUGCAAGAAGUAAAGGUGGAAGAUUGGACUCGACACAUGCUUCCAUUCUGGGGAAUGCUCACGGGCCAGCUCUUUACAUUGGGAGGUGCAUUCAAGCUCCUGACAUCAGGGUGGGCGCAUAUGCGGACAAGUCUGUCAUUGGCUUAUCACUUCUUCUACAUGGACAAAGGAUUCAAGAAUGGCAUUUUCAAGUAUGCUGUGGUGAUGGGACAGAAAGAGCUGUGAUCAUAAGGGAGCAUUGGAUUCCAUAAGCAUUGGUUCUGUUUUUCUUUUUAAAUAAAAAUUUCCUGGUAUUUAAUAUUAUAAA